AUGAGUUUCCUUUUAGUCCUCUUUACAGCUCUAACCUUCUCCUUUGGAUUCUCUGCAUCUUCACCAUCCAAUCACCAAUACAAUGCUGGAGAUCAUGUUCCUCUGUUUGUUAACAAAGUGGGUCCAUUGGAUAAUCCCAGUGAGACUUACUGGUACUAUGACUUGCCAUUUUGCCAUCCAGAUAAUAUAAUCCUAAAAAAGGAAACACUUGGUGAAGUGUUGAAUGGUGAUCGUUUGAGUAGUAGUUUGUAUGAGUUGAAAUUCAAGGAGGACAAAACUGGGGUGACCCUUUGUGAAAACAGGCUUCAAGGAUAUGAAGUUGCUAGAUUCAGGGAUGCUGUCAUUGAUGAUUUUUACUUCCAAAUGUACUAUGAUGAUCUCCCACUGUGGGGUUUUGUUGGGAAAAUUGAAGAGCAAAGUAGGGUCCUUGGAGAGAAGAAGUUCAAGUAUUAUCUGUUCAAACAUGUGCAAUUUGACGUUCUUUAUAAUGAUAACCAAGUAAUAGAAAUAAGUGCUUUUAGUGAUCCAGAUCAUGCUGUCGAUAUAACAGAUGAUGUUGAUAUGGAUGUGAAGUUCACUUAUUCGGUUUUUGGAAAGCAACAUCAUCCAAGUUUGAGGCCAGGAUGGACAAUGUUCCUUAUGCGGUUUCUCAAGAAGGAUCUCGGAAAGUUUGCAAGUGGAGAUGAAGAAGAAGACAGGGAGGUCGGUUGGAAAUACAUACAUGGCGAUGUUUUCAGAUAUCCUCAAAACAUGUCCCUAUUUUGUGCUGUAUUGGGGGCUGGUACUCAACUGCUGACAGUGGUUUUCUUUUUAUUUGUUUUGGCAUUUGUUGGAAUACUCUACCCCUACAACCGUGGGGCACUAUUCACUUCUUUUGUCCUGCUAUAUGCACUUACAUCUGUGGUUGGAGGCUAUACUGCUGCUUCUUUCCAUAAUCAGUUUUCUGAAAAUGGAUGGGAAAGGAGUGUACUUCUUAGUGGGAUUCUCUACCUGGGUCCAUCAUUUGUGAUACUGUCCGUUCUCAAUACAAUCUCUGUAUCUUAUGGGGCCACCGCAUCACUUCCAUUUGGCACCAUUUUAGUGAUUCUUCUCAUUUAUAUAUUUUUAACCAUUCCUUUGCUUGCCUUUGGAGGGUUGAUUGGGCAUCGGUUUAGGUCUGAAUUUCAAGCACCUUCUGCUACAAAAAGUCAUCCAAGGGAAAUUCCACCAUCAGCAUGGUAUAAAAGAACACCAUGUCAAAUGUUUGUUGGAGGACUUUUACCUUUUAGUGCAGUAGCCCUUGAGUUACAGCACUUAUAUGCAAGCUUGUGGGGCUACAAAAUAUGCACCCUUCCUAGCAUUUUGUUUGUCACAUUCAUCAUCCUUAUCGUGCUGACCACAAUCUUGAGUGUUGGGAUGACAUACCUUCAGCUUUCUAUGGAAGACCACGAAUGGUGGUGGAGAUCUCUGUUGUGUGGUGGCUCGGUGGCCAUUUUUAUGUUUAGCUACAGCAUCUACUUCUUUUCCAGGUCGAGCAUGAGUGGUUUUAUGCAGCUAUCCUUCUUCUUUGGUUAUAAUGCUUGCAUGUGCUAUGCAUUUUUCUUGAUGAUCGGCACAAUCAGUUUCCGCGCUUCCUUCACAUUUGUUCGCCACAUUUAUCAGGCUGUUAAGAGUGAAUGA